GCUUUCUGGAGAAAUUGCAUGUCAGAGCAAAAUUCCUUGAAAAUUUUCAGGCACUUUCCUCAAUGGAAGAAUUCUAUAAUCUGGAUCGGGACAUUGAGGGAUCUGCCAAGAGCUGGAAGAAGUUUGUGGAAUCAGAAUGUCCUGAGAAGGAGAAGCUCCCCCAGGAGUGGAAGAGCAAGACAGCCCUGCAGCGCCUCUGCGUGCUGAGAGCCGUGCGGCCCGACCGGAUGACCUAUGCCCUGCGAGAUUUUAUUGAGGAGAAGUUAGGAAGCAAAUACGUGGUGGGAAGAGCACUAGACUUUGCAACCUCUUUCGAAGAAUCGGGACCAGCCACUCCCAUGUUUUUCAUCCUGUCUCCGGGGGUGGACCCACUGAAGGAUGUGGAAAAUCAAGGUAAAAAACUCGGAUACACCUCCAACAACCGAAACUUCCACAACGUGUCUCUGGGGCAAGGACAGGAAGUGGUGGCCGAGGCCACGCUGGACCUCGCUGCCAAGAGAGGCCACUGGGUUGUCCUGCAGAACAUCCACCUGGUGGCCAAGUGGCUCAGCAGCCUGGAGAAGAAGCUGGAGGAGCACAGUGAGGGCAGCCACCCGGACUUCAGGGUCUUCAUCAGCGCGGAGCCCGCCCCGUCCCCCGAGGGCCACCUCAUCCCCCAGGGCAUCCUGGAGCGCUCCAUCAAGAUCACCAGCGAGCCUCCUGCCGGCCUGCACGCCAGCCUGCACAAGGCGCUGGACAACUUCGCUCAGGACACCCUGGAGAUGUGUUCCCGGGAGACGGAGUUUAAGAGCAUCCUCUUUGUGCUUUGUUACUUUCACGCUGUGGUGGCAGAAAGACGAAAGUUUGGGCCCCAGGGGUGGAAUCGUUCCUACCCCUUCAGCACUGGGGACCUCACCAUCUCCGUGAACGUGCUCUACAACCUCCUGGAGGCCAACGCGAAGGUGCCCUAUGAUGACUUGCGCUACCUGUUUGGAGAGAUCAUGUACGGAGGCCACAUCACUGACGACUGGGACAGGAGGCUCUGCAGAGCCUACUUGGAGGAAUUCAUUAAACCAGAAAUGCUGGGAGGAGAGCUGUCUCUGGCCCCAGGGUUCCCACUGCCAGGCAACAUGGACUACAGUGGUUACCAUCAGUACAUCGAUGAGCAGCUGCCCCCGGAGUCGCCAUAUCUCUAUGGCCUACACCCAAACGCAGAGGUCGGCUUCCUGACCCAGACGUCGGAGAAGCUCUUUCGCACGGUGCUGGAGCUGCAGCCCCGGGACAGCCAGGCCGGAGAUGGAGCCGGGGCCACCAGAGAAGAAAAGGUCAAGGCCCUCCUGGAAGAAAUACUGGAGCGGGUGACAGACGAGUUUAACAUCCCAGAGCUGAUGGCCAGAGUGGAGGAGCGCACCCCCUACGUGGUGGUUACCCUGCAGGAGUGUGAGCGGAUGAACGUCCUCACCAGGGAGAUGCAGCGCUCACUGAGGGAGCUGGACCUCGGAUUAAAGGGAGAGCUGACCAUGACCAGCGACAUGGAGACGCUACAGAGCGCCCUGUACCUAGACACAGUGCCAGAGCCCUGGGCCAGGCUGGCCUACCCUUCCACGGCAGGCCUGGCAGCCUGGUUUUUGGAUCUGCUCAACCGAGUCAAGGAGCUGGAGGCCUGGACAGGCGACUUUGCGAUGCCCUCCACCGUGUGGUUGACGGGCUUCUUCAACCCCCAGUCCUUCCUGACCGCCAUCAUGCAGUCCACGGCCCGCAAGAACGAGUGGCCCCUGGACCAGGUGGCCCUGCAGUGUGACGUGACAAAGAGGAACAGAGAGGAGCUCAGGAGCCCCCCUCGGGAAGGGGCCUAUGUCCACGGCCUCUUCAUGGAAGGCGCACGCUGGGACGCGCAGGCCGGGAUCAUCGCAGAGGGAAAGCUGAAGGAGCUGACGCCCCCCAUGCCUGUGAUGCUCCUCAGGGCCAUCCCCGCAGACAAGCAGGACAGCCGCGGUGUGUAUCCCUGCCCCGUGUACAAGACCUGUCAGCGCGGACCCACCUACGUGUGGACUUUCCACCUCAAGACGAAGGAGAAGCCAUCUAAGUGGGUUCUGGCGGGCGUGGCCUUGCUUCUCCAGAUUUAGCUUCCUGCAGAGCCACCAAGGAAGCAGCGGGGCUGGAGCUGGGCUCCACGAGCGGGGGAGGGCUGAGCACAGACACAGAGAAGGGUCAGAAAUCAAGCACGCUCAUAGCUCUGAAGAAUUUGGGGGUGGACCUCGGAGAGAAGUACCUAACGUGAGGCUGAGCUCGAGGAGCGUGGACCUAGGAAUCGGAGAAUUUCACGACACUGAAACUUUCCUAAUAAAGUGGUUUGUUCCUC